UAUAUAUAAUGGCACCACACCCUUCUUCACCUGGCUACCCCAUGGCUACCUUUUGUUGCCCUAUUGAGACCGAGCCCAAGACCUUGAACCAAGUUGAACUCAACCAUGUCCGGGAAGUAGCUGUUGGCGUUCUAAAAGACAACGAACCAUCGGAAGCCAAUCGUAUCCUGAGCGAGGGAAUGAAGCCAAUUAUGGGGGUCAAAGAGAUGACAAUCGCUAUCGAGAGAAAAGACUCGAUUCACAAACUUCAGGGCACGGUUACGGUUGGUGAAGCAAUUUGUCAGUGUUCUGUCGUCGGUCCUGCUUCUACUCCCGAUCAACAUAAUUUGAAGGAGCCUCUUUCGGCUCCUUUUUAAUCAUGCUUUCGAGUUAUAAACGUUUUGUUAUAACUCUUACAUUACAUUUUCAUUCACUUGAUGUUGGUAGCUAACAUGUCGAAAUAAACCGACAAUC